GUGAUCCCGCCCAUCCCUGUAGCGGCCGGACGACGGGCAUGGCGGGGGGGUGCGCUGUGCUGCUUCGCUGGGCUGUGGUGGUGGUGUCGGCGGUGUCGGCGCUGGACAAUGGGCUGGCGCGAACGCCUCCGAUGGGCUGGUUGCACUGGGAGCGAUUCCUCUGCGCCACCGACUGCGCCGCUGACCCGCACCGCUGCGUUAGCGAGAAGCUCUUUGUGGAGAUGGCCGACGUGAUGGUUGCUGAGGGCUGGAGGGACGCAGGCUAUGAGUUUGUCUGCAUCGACGACUGCUGGAUGGCCCCGAUGCGGGAUGAGCAUGGCCGGCUGCAGGCUGACCCGGAACGGUUCCCCAGUGGGAUCCGCAAGCUGGCCGACUACGUCCACUCCAGGGGGCUGAAGCUGGGAAUCUACAGUGAUGUUGGGAACAAGACAUGCGCUGGCUUCCCUGGAAGCUACAACUACUACGACCUAGAUGCCCAAACGUUCGCCUCCUGGGGUGUGGACCUGUUGAAGUUUGACGGCUGCAACUCUGACUCGCUGGAGCUGCUGGCAGAAGGUUACAGGCGCAUGUCUCUGGCCCUGAACAAGACUGGGAGGAGCAUUGUGUACUCCUGUGAGUGGCCUUUCUACUUGAGGCCUGUGCAGCAGCCAAAUUACACAGAGAUCAAACAGUACUGCAAUCACUGGAGGAACUUCUAUGAUGUCUACGAUUCCUGGAGCAGCAUCAAGAGUAUCUUGGACUGGACCGCACUUCACCAGGACAGCAUUGUGAAGAUAGCUGGGCCAGGGGGCUGGAACGAUCCUGACAUGCUGGUGAUUGGAAACUUUGGGCUGAGCCGGGACCAGGCGGUGACUCAGAUGGCAAUGUGGGCUAUUAUGGCAGCUCCCCUCUUCAUGUCCAACGACCUGCGGCACAUCAGUCCUGAGGCCAAGUGGUUGCUCCAGAACAAAGAGGUGAUCGCCAUCAACCAGGAUCCACUGGGCAAGCAGGGAUACCGAAUUGCCAAGGACAAGAAUUUUGAGCUGUGGGAGCGGCCCCUGUCUGGCCAAGCUUACGCCGUGGCAGUGCUGAACAAGCAGGAGAUUGGGGGACCCCAGAACUUCACCUUCUCCUUCACCUUCCUUGGCAAUGGACUGGCCUGUAACCCAGCAUGCUCUGUCCGGCAGGUCCUGCCAGCCAGCAGGGACUGGGGGGUUUACAGCUGGGUCUCCUCCCUGGAGGUGGAGGUGAACCCAACAGGCACGGUGCUGCUGAAAGUUAUGGCACUGUAAGAGGCACAGGGACAGUAUUUUCUUAAGCCUCAGGCUCUGUCUAAACUUCUCGUCACAAGAAGCCUCUCUCCUUCCUCCAAAUGGGGUGUUGGUGUUCUCGGGCAUGCACUCGAGUGCUUUUGUGAGAUUCUACUUCUUCAGUCUUAUGUGACAAACACCACUCCAUCAUCAAGAGGUAAGAGAGACAGCGGUGCUGCUUCUCUGUUUACUCUUUCUCAACGAACUCCUCCUCCAGGGCAGCAGCUCCUGCUAGUGCCCACUGCCACUACCAACCAAAGAAAUGCAAAAGAUACAGGCACCAUCUUUUUGAGCAGGGAAACACGUCCUGCCUGCCUUGCUCUUGCUUUGCCAGACCAGGGCACGGAGUCCAAGAACGAGAAAAGCUGCUUCUACUGCUUAAGAAACCAAACACUCUCAGAGCGUGGACAUCUGCUUCCACCUUCUGACAACUCAGGGACUGGCCUAAAUUACUGUACUUCUUAGCAACUGCUUUCUUGACAGCUGCCCAUUUAGCAUAAACAGGAUUGUCUUUUGGUUUUCCCUUGUCCCAGGAGUGUUCCUUUCACCAGCAGCUGUCACUUGCAUUUAGAUGGCAAUUCCAUCUCCUCCCCUCCUGAAGCCCUGUUCCUCAGUGAGCUGCCUCCUAGAAACACCUACGUGCUUGCUUUCCACUGCUGGCAGCAGCCGUUAGGUAGAACGCAGGUCCUUCUGAGACAGGAGGUGGACAUGUCGAUCAUGUCAUGUACAAGAGUCUUCUCUUCUGAGUAUUACAUAAUCAGGGUAUCAUGAUUUGUUAUUUCUGUGAUUAAGCACUUUGAAUAAAAUGUCCUUUACAAGGCUAAGUUUU